AAAAGCUGAAAGCCCUGAAACCUUUUGUUGCUUCUGCACUUUCUCCGGCGAACUCACGAUGGCCAAAACUACUUAUCACCUUUUCGUCACUUUUAUCGCCUUCUCUGUAACCCUUCUCUGCGCCACGUCUCAGGGGACCGCUGCUGACGAUGGCGCCGUCAUGCAACUUCUCAAGAAAGCUCUCGACCCACCUGGGUGGUCCGACUCUGAUCCCUGCAAAUGGGCCCAUGUAGUCUGCUCCGACGAUGGCCGAAUCACGCGGAUCCAACUUGGUCGCCAGAACCUGCAAGGUACACUCCCGACAGAUCUCCAGAAACUGACGGAGCUUGAGCGGUUGGAGCUACAAUGGAACAACGUUUCAGGUCCGGUCCCUAGCUUAAAAGAGUUAAGCUCAUUACAGGUGGUUAUGCUAAGUAACAAUCAGUUUAGUUCUUUCCCUGCUGAUUUCUUCUCGGGUUUAUCUUCUCUUCAAUCUUUGGAGAUCGAUAACAACCCUUUUGCUUCCUGGGAAAUCCCUCAGAGUUUGAGAAAUGCUUCUGCUUUGCAGAAUUUCUCAGCUAACUCAGCUAAUAUUUCUGGGAAAAUUCCUGAUUUCCUCGGACCGGAUGAGUUUCCUGCUCUUACCCUUUUGCAUUUAGCUUUCAAUAAUCUAGAAGGGGUUUUACCCACCACUUUUUCCGGCUCACAGAUCCAGUCUUUCUGGAUCAACGGCCAGAAAGGUGAUACUCAGCUCACUGGCAGCAUUGAUGUUAUUCAGAACAUGACAAUGUUGAAAGAGGUCUGGUUACACUCCAAUAGGUUCACUGGUCCUUUACCGGACUUCUUGGGUUUGAGUGAUUUGCAGAGUCUGAGUUUAAGGGAUAAUAAGUUUACUGGCCCUGUUCCUGUUUCUUUGGUGAACCUUAGGUCAUUACAGGUUGUGAAUUUGACAAAUAAUUUGCUUCAAGGUCCAAUGCCUGAGUUUGAGAAAUCAGUUUCUGUAGAUAUGCUGAUGGAUUAUCCACAAAGGCUUGCAGAAAAUUGGAAAGGGAAUGAUCCCUGUGCAGAUUGGGCUGGGAUUACAUGUAGCAAUGGGGGAAUCAUUGUUGUUAAUUUUCAGAAGAUGGGCCUUACAGGGACAAUCUCUCCAGACUUUGCAUCUCUUAAGUCACUGCAGCGACUGGUCCUUGCUGAUAAUAAUCUCACUGGUCCCAUUCCUGAGGAGCUUACCACUCUAGUUGACCUUAAAGUACUUGAUGUAUCAAACAAUCAGCUGUAUGGGAAAAUUCCAGCUUUUAAGAGCAAUGUGAUUGUAAACACUAAUGGUAAUCCGGACAUAGGAAAGGAGAAAAGUGAUUCUACAUCCAAGGGUUCCUCACCUGGAGGUCCCACCGGAAGUCCAGGAUCGGCAACUAAUGGUGGCAAAAAGUCUUCAGCUUUGGUUGGAAUAGUACUUAUUUCUGUGUUGGGGGGUUUGGGUUUGAGUGCCUUGAUUGGUCUGUUGGGUUUCUGUCUCUACAGAAAGAAACAGAAGCCGUUUAGCAGAGUGCAAAGCCCAAAUGCAAUGGUGAUUCACCCUCGCUAUUCGGGAUCUGGUAAUGAGAGUGUGAAGAUCACAGUUGCUGGCUCGAGUGUAAGUGUUGGUGCACCGAGUGAUACUCAUACUGUUCCUAGCAGUGAGGCUGGUGACAUACAAAUGGUAGAAGCAGGGAACAUGGUGAUCUCUAUCCAAGUUCUAAGAAAUGUGACGAACAAUUUCAGUGAAAAAAAUAUUUUGGGACAAGGGGGCUUUGGAGUUGUAUACAAAGGUGAAUUGCAUGACGGUACGCAGAUUGCUGUGAAGAGAAUGGAAUCUGGGCUUAUAAGUGACAAAGGGUUAGCAGAGUUUAAAUCUGAGAUUGCAGUGUUGACCAAGGUUCGACACAGGCAUCUUGUUGCCCUUCUUGGGUAUUGCUUGGAUGGGAAUGAGAAGCUUCUUGUGUAUGAAUAUAUGCCCCAAGGUACUCUUAGCAGGCAUCUCUUUGACUGGGCAGAAGAAGGAUUGAAACCCCUGGAUUGGACAAAAAGAUUGACCAUUGCCUUGGAUGUGGCAAGGGGUGUUGAGUAUCUUCAUGGUUUGGCCCAUCAGAGCUUUAUACAUAGAGACUUGAAGCCUUCAAACAUUCUACUAGGAGAUGACAUGAGGGCUAAGGUGGCAGAUUUUGGUCUUGUGCGUCUUGCUCCCGAGGGUAAAGGCUCAAUUGAAACUAGAAUUGCUGGAACAUUUGGCUACCUCGCGCCAGAAUAUGCAGUCACAGGCCGAGUAACAACUAAAGUUGAUGUAUUCAGCUUUGGUGUGAUACUGAUGGAGCUAAUCACCAGCAGGAAAGCACUAGACGAGAGCCAACCUGAAGAAAGCAUGCACCUAGUGACAUGGUUUAGAAGAAUGUACAUCAACAAGGUCCUGUUCCAGAAAGCCAUUGACCCCGCUAUUGACCUUAAUGAGGAAACACUUGCAAGCAUUAGCACAGUUGCUGAGUUGGCCGGUCAUUGCUGUGCAAGGGAGCCUUAUCAAAGACCUGACAUGGGCCAUGUCGUAAAUGUGAUUUCCUCUCUGUUGGAGCGCUGGAAACCUACCGACCAGAGCUCUGAAGACAUAUACGGCAUUGAUCUUGAAAUGUCAUUGCCACAGGCACUGAAGAAAUGGCAAGCCUAUGAAGGAAGAAGCAAUAUGGAGUCAGCUUCUUCUUCACAACUACCCAGCUUAGAUAAUACUCAGACAAGCAUCCCAACACGUCCUUAUGGGUUUGCCGAGUCCUUCACAUCCGCAGACGGAAGAUGAGAAAUGCUUGUAAAUUAACCACGUGUAGUAUAUUUUCUUAUUAGCAAACUUGAUGCCUUCCGUUUAAAUGAAUGGUCGUCCUUAAUGGGUAUUACCGGGCUUCAUUUAUUAACUUGCGAUCACAUGGGCCCGCGUUCUGCUUGAUAAAUCUCCAUUUCUUCC